AUGUCGACUUUUGGAACCCACUUUCGCGUCACGACCUUCGGAGAGUCACACUGCAAGGGCGUCGGCUGUGUCAUUGACGGAUGCCCCCCAGGACUCGCCCUGACCGAGGAUGACAUCCAACCACAGCUGACCCGCAGACGUCCCGGUCAAAGCAACCUCACCACACCUCGCGAUGAGAAGGACAGGGUAACGAUCUUGUCGGGCACCGAGUUUGGACACACGCUGGGCACACCGAUCGGAUUGACGGUUCCCAACCAGGAUCAGAGACCCCACGAUUACACCGAGACCGAUCUCUUCCCUCGUCCCUCUCACGCCGACUGGACCUACUUGCUCAAGUACGGCUUGAAGGCUUCUUCUGGCGGUGGACGUGCCUCUGCCCGCGAGACCAUUGGUCGUGUGGCGGCAGGAGCAGUGGCGGAAAAGUUCUUGAAGGAGGCGUACGGGACAGAGUUUAUUGCGUUUGUGUCGUCGGUCGGCAAGGUCGCCAUGCCCUUUAUCGAGGAGCAGAGCGAGACAGGUGUGCCCUCGGAAGAGUUUGUCGAGAUGUUGAGCACGGUCACAAGAGAACAGAUCGAUGCUGAGGCCACCCGAUGCCCCGACAAGGAGAUCUCUAAGAAGAUGACUCAGAGAAUUAUCGAUGCAAAGGAGGCAAACGACUCAAUCGGAGGAACGGUCACCUGUGUCAUCAGGAACGUCCCCACAGGACUGGGAGAACCCUGUUUCGACAAACUCGAAGCCAAGCUCGCCCACGCCAUGCUCUCCAUCCCCGCCACAAAGGCCUUUGAGAUCGGGUCCGGAUUCGGAGGCACCCAAGUCCCCGGACACCUCCACAACGACGCCUGGGUUCAAAAGACUGGACGUAAGGGACAGAAGUUCCUGGGCACAAAGACCAACUUUUCGGGUGGAAUCCAGGGCGGUAUCUCGAACGGAGAGAACAUCUACUUCCGGAUUGGGUUCAAGUCUCCUGCUACGAUCUCGCAGGAGCAGCAGACGACUAGCUAUGGAGGUGUGGAGGGUGUUUUGGCCACCCGUGGACGUCAUGAUCCUUGUGUCGUUCCUCGCGCUACGCCUAUUGUUGAAGCUAUGGCCGCCCUUGUUAUCAUGGACGCGGUGAUGAUUCAGUUGGCAAGACAUGGUGCAGCGUCGCUGUUGCCCCCCAUGCCCGAGACCCCUCUCCGCCCUGCUCCCUUCAUCAUGUCUGUCCCUGGUGGCCAGGCCAUCAAGGUCGACGAGACCUCCAAGCCCAAGACCGAGUAA